GCAGUGUUGUUUGGAGUGGGUUUGAGCUCGUAAUUUUCCUAUCCUAGGCAGACGUUAAGCUGGAAUAGGCACCAGCUGAAGAAAAUUUGUUUAGGAAAGGCAAGGUGUUCAGUUCCCAGUGCAAUGGGUGGGUGGGCUUUUAUUUGCCUUCCUUCUUGGGAUCUCACAUUUAAUUACGUGGAGAUUACUCUGGCUCUUCAAAAACUUUGGAGGAAGGUACUUGUGUUGCUCCUUUGGAACACCUUCCUUGGGCUGUAGCUCAUGACAGGACAGCUAGAUGCCUGGGGGGUGGGAGGGGAAGUGAUAUGAAAAUCCACUAAUGAUAGUAAUGAGAAUCAGCUGUGUCCUCUGCAAUGUCCAUCAUUCUUUCUAAUCAUGAUAAAUGGGAACUGAACAAUGUGAUAGGUUAGUAGAGCUUGGUGUUGAAGCCCAAGAUAAAAACAGAAGGCCUGGAAGAAAGUAAUGGUAUAAUUGAAUUAUUGAAAUAAGACGUGACAAGGAGAGGAGAUAUAAGAAAAGCCAGAGCAACUCAACCUCCAAAUAACUUUAUAUGUGGAUAAAUGAAUACAGGCUAGCAUUUUAAGGCUGCCAGAAUCAUGGGGUGACAGAAGACAUCCCAGUUGGCCAGUAUGGGAAUAGAUGGUCAAAGGAAUACUGGGCAGGCAAAGCUGGAAGUUGCUGGGGUGCUUUUGCUGUGAUAACUGAGACAUCAAUGCUGUGAUCAGGUUCUCGUGGCAUCCAAAGGGGUUUUCAUGUGGUGCUCAACUGGGUAGUAAUGAAACAAGUAUACAUGCAAUUCUGUCAGGUUUCGGCAGGAGAUAUUUGUGUGUCCAUCUUUGAAGCAGUUGCACCACAAACCACAGCAGUGAAUAUUCAUUGCAAUUGGAGGUACUUUUCUUCUCUUUACAGUAGUUUUGAUGUCUCAUGUAGAGUGCUUACAAAUUGUGGAUGGAAGAGAAGUGUGCUGAAAGUUCGCUUUCAUUCUAAGCAAACACAGUGGGUUUCAGUACAGCCAAGUCCCUGGUUAAUGUACUUGAAAGUUCUGUGACAGGCUUUCAUCUCUCAUUUGUCAUACCCAUUUUUAAGAAGGGUAGAAAAGACAACCUGGGAAAUUACUGACCUGUCAGCCUCACAUCUGUGCUGAGGAAGAUCAUGGAACAGAUCCUCCUAGAAGCUGUGCUAAGACACAUGGAAGAGAAGGGGAUGAUACAGACCAACCAGCAUGGCUUCAUCAAGGGCAAGUCCUGCCUGAUCAACACAGUGGCAUUCUGGGAUGGCCUGACUGCAUCAGUGAGUCACUGAUAUCACAUAUAUGGACUUCAGCAAGGCCUUUGUUACAGUUUCCAUCAUAACAUCCUUCUCUCCAAACAGGGAAGAUACCAAUUUGAUGGGUGGACUGCUCAGUGGAUGAGAGCUGGUUGCAAGGUUAUACUCAGAGAGUGGUGGUCAAUGGUUCAAUGUCCAAAUGGAGAUCAGUGAUGAGUGGUGUCCCCAGGGGUCAGUGCUGGGGCUGAUGUUCUUCAUUUGGACAUCGGUGACAUUGUCAGCAAGAUCAAGUGCAUGCCCAGCAAGUUCACAGAUUAUACCAGACUGUGGUGAUGUUGAUGUGCGUGAGGAAUGGGAUGCCAUCCAAAGAAUUGGACUAGAUUACUUUUAAGGAUUCCUCCCAACUCAAAUGCUUCUAUGAUUAUUCUUAUUUUUAGAGAGGUCUUGUACAUGUCUCCCUCUGCCAGGAAGUGUGAGCUUUCUUCUCCUUACCACAGAUGGCUCACCUGAGGCCUUCUGUAUUUUGAUGUGUCUUAACUGCACAAUUUUAAGCUGUUUGGUGGUGGCAGAAGCACAGCAAGGCAACAGGUUGCUUCUCUGCUGCGUAUCCUCUGAGAGACAUUUGCCCUGCAUCAGUAUAACCUUCCAGUUCAAGUAACGUAGGAAAGGUUUUUAAAGGAUCCAGUGGGUAGAAAAGUUGAAGGGGAAAGGAAACAAACCAAAAGUGACUUAAACUAAAGCUCCUCCUGCAAAGGUCCAGCUGCUGCAGAAAAUGCAGAAGCUGUUAGGAUAUUUUUAACAUGUUGAUGAUGAAAUGUGUAAGUCCACUGUUCAAAAUACUGGGACCGCUUUUCUGAAUUACCAGCAUCUGGGAAGUGGUCAACUUAAAUACGUAUUUAAUCCUAGGCUACAUCCUCACCCUCCUUCUCCCUUCUCAGAGUUGCCAGUCAGCAUGCACAGCCAGUAGUGACCAGCAGUGACUGCAAGCCUUUCCUUCCUGAGAAAGCACCACAGCAUUUAUCAAUGUACAUAUUAGUCAUACAUCAAAACCACCACGACUACUAUAUAGGCAAUUAAAAAACCCUGGGAUUACAGCUUUUCUGCCAACUUCUCCUUUCUAGAUGCAUCCACAUCUAUUUCACUUUUCCUACCCAAAGUAGAAACUUCUUACAGCUUUGGGGCCAGGUAGGCAAAUGUGUGUGUUCUGAUGUGAUGCAGCAGGGAUUCACCCAACUGCCUGACAUUCUGGGGAAAAGCCAGGCUCAUCACUCCAGUGACUGGGCAAAAGCUGGGGGCUUUGCUAUGAAAAUCUGUGUUUGGACAUGAAUCAAGUGGAUGAAUCUAAGAUGGAACCUCAGUGCCAGCGCUCUGCUUUAUCUCAGAUAUCGGAGACUCUCUGAGACUCCAAUGCAAAGGGAGAUUAACUUCUCAUCCGCUCAUUUUUGGCACUGAUCUCUUGAAAGAAAUCUUGGCAAGAUUUUUGCAUCUGUCUCUGAGAAAAGUAAGAUUGUAAGGGAAAGAAGAGGAGCUCGUGGUUUGAGUGGAAGACUCAGAUUUUUUAUUUUAGUUUACUGUUGCGUUACUGUAUAAAACACAGAUGUGAUUUGAAAGCUCUGAAUUACAAUGUUAUCAUACAACCAUAUUGUCUUUCUGCUGCCUUCUGCCUUUCUCUUCACUUUGUUCAAGGUUUCAUGUUCCUUUCCCCUAUUGCUCCCUGGCUGGUGGCUUUGCCUCAUUUGGGCUUUGCCCCACCAUAACCUGGGAGUGUGUGGUGCUGUUGUGGGCACCGCUUUGCAGUGCCAGUUGGAAGUGAUUGUCCUGUGUGAGAGCAGGAGCUGUUGGCGCUGUGGGAUCCUGUGAUGCCUAAAUGCUACUGAGGGACUAAAUAGAAGGAGCCCUGGAUCUUGGACUGUCCAAGCAGGGAUUUGUGCCAUAGGAUGAUCUGAAUGUAAUAUACAGGAUGCGUGUGAGCAAGGGAAGCACUUUUUCUGAGUUCCCCCCACCAAUGUCAGCCAUCCAUCAGUGUUUUGCUUUCACUCUGCUGAUAUGCAGCAAGUUGCCACAAAAUACCUACAUCAGCAUUUAGCCACAAAUUUGCAAAUACAUAGGGAUAAUUUCCCUUCUGCUGCUGCUACUAUACCAGUAACUUCUUGCAUUUCCUGGAUGUUUUUGUUAGCAGAGGGAAGCGCUUGGUUUGAAGGUUAUGAGUGGAAAUACAUUGCAGAGAUCGUUAUUAUUUUCCACUGUACAGUGCUUUUUUUGCUGAUGUAAGAGAGAGUAAAAAAUAGUGUGGGGAAUUAUAGCCCCAAAUAUGUAAAUAUCUGACUGCAAUAAAAAACCCCUUGCAUGGGGUUUGUGUUCUGAUGUAUUUUGGGUUCUCUUUGCGGUUGAAGAGUAAACAUUGAGGGGAAUGAAUGUUGAUAACAUUUAUGCAGACCCAGCUAAUGAGAAGGGGCUGGGGGAGGUAGAGAUAAUGUGAGAAAUUCAAAUCCACCCUUUGUCCCGACAGCUGACUUUUAUCAAUAAUGCUGCAUGUUGGGCUUCAAUACGGCUGCGGUGAGCGGCCGAGAAAUGAUGUCACCUCUUUACGGUCCAUUUGUCGUGUGUGACUCCUGCAGUCUGCCUCUUGCUGCUUGUGUCAGAGCGUGACACUGCCAAAUAAAUAGAGGCGUUUCUCCUCCCUGGCUCCCCACUUUGUCCCUGGGGCUGCAGGCACCGUGAGGAUGCGAGUAAUGGCGUGGGGUGGGGCAGGAGCUGUUGCGCUCCCAUGGAUGGUGCUGCUGCUGUUGGUGAUGAUGUCCAUGUCACAAGCAGCCAUUCUGGAAGUAAAUGGGAACCUGAGCUGUAGGUGUGUAAAGACAACCUCAGACUACAUCAGUCCAAAGAGAUACGACAGCAUUGAGUUAAGGCCUGUGGGAAGCACCUGUGGGCGCACAGAAAUCAUCAUUAAAUUGAAAUCCUCUGCAAAAGUGUGUGUGAACCCUGAUGCUCCUUGGGUAAAGAAACUGCUGAAGCGCAUUGCUGGCAUGAAGAAAAGAUAAGCUUCCUGCUAAGGAACUUGGUGUUCGGAAGGCAUGCUGUGUUCUGUCUCAAGACCUCAAGUCAAAUAAAGUUUGGUUUUUUCUUCC